AUGUCUUUAUUUCCUUCCUUAUUAUCUUUAUCCAAUCACCAAAAUCACCACCAAUUAAAACAAAAUCAGCAACAAACAAUUCCUUCAUCUCCAACAAAAAAUAACAAUACUUCAACAGAUUCUCCUAUCGAAAAUCAACAACAACAACAACAACGAAAAUCCUCCACAAAUUCUUCCCCUUCCCAUCAACGUUUUUGUGGAAAUAAUUCCCAACAAUCUGUUACACCUAGAAGUGCUUCUGGAAGUCGAAGAGGGUCAACAGUUGAUGAUAGAGGUGCUUUUUGUACUUUACCUCAACAAGGAGGUAAUCAACCUGAGGUGUUAGUAUCUCUUUGCUAUUUUGAUACACAAAAUAGGCUUGUUGUUGGUGUCAAUAAAGCAGCAGCCAUUGGGACUGGCAGAAAGAAGGAAAGUGGAAGUGAUGUUUCUGGGCAAGAAGUCUCCAUUCGUAUUAGUGCCUUUUCUGCUGAAGGCGUAGAGAUUGGAAGACAAAAAUCAGCAUGGACAAAAGCUAACCCCACAGGAGAAGUUCAAUUUACCGAUGCACAGGCAAGCUUCCAAAUUUCCCGUCACGAAUUGGAAGAAUGUGCCGUCCAAGUAGACAUGUUUGGAUUAAAUAAUAGUGCUUGGCCUCCUUUAUUACGUCGAAAACAAAAAAUUGGAACUUUAAUGUUGAGCGAUAGAAGAGAAAAUGAUUGUUCUUCUUCAGCAGAUGCACAAGCACAUUGGCAAGAAAUGAUACAAGGAAUGGGAUUAACUUUAGAUAAAUGGCAUUUACUUAAUUAA